AUUUUCUCGUAUCUACGGGGGCUCACACGUUCCGUCCUCCAAGCCUCCUGCCUCCAACCCCUUGGUCCCUUGGGCCGUGUAACUGUCUUGUACCUGCCUCUCCAAGGCUCUACGCUCUUUUUCUCUAUCGUUCGUUUAGAAAUGAGUCACUUGGCACACGCGCGCGCAGUACAGGCGCGCCAUAACAAACGCGCCGGUGGCUUUGGGAAUGGGCUCACGUUCAACCCCUUCCCGUUUCCCACUACGUCUGAAACUCCAGUCCCCACUACUCCCGUUCUUCCUGAGCCGACUACAACGACCACAGACCUGGUCCCUGUGAUACCCACCACGCGCACCAGGCACAUCGUCACAGAGACAACCACCCAGGAAAAGACUGUGCCGGAGACUUCCACGCCAGUGGCUCCGCUGCCGACCACCACUUCGGCGCUUGUCCCACCGCCCGUUUCGCCGGUGCCCUCGCUGCCAGUCUCCCCGUCGGUCGUUCUCGUAUCCCCGGCAUCCUCGUCUGUCACUUCCCUUGCCUCUCUCCCCUCCCCCUCCCCUUCCCCGACCACUCUUGUCACCAUCAAGUCGGCCGUCACUCACAAAUCCAUCCCCAUCACAACCACCUAUACUGGGGCAGCCCUGCACAACCCUCUUACCGUCACCCAUGUGGUUGCUGCUACAGCGAUUGUGUCCGGCUCCGCCAGUGCUUUGCCGUCUGCCUCUGUCGCCCCCACCAAUGCCCUCGUUGGGCCGGUCAUCGGUGGCGUCGCAGGAGGAAUUGCUGGUCUUGCCUUGAUCAUUUUGGGGACGCUUGCCAUUCUUCGCCGGCGCAACAAGGAUGACACCGUCGUCGACUUCGACCCCGGUGUUUUCAGGCGCUCCGCUGUCAUGCUCAACGAUCCUCCUACGCACCAGGACACUAUCGAACGGGGUUACAAUGCGCCCGCGCCUCCCCCUAUGAGCGAGAAGUCUUACCCGAUGUACGGGGACAACUUCUACCCUACCUACCCCGUUUCGCCCAACGUCCAGUCUCCUUCGUCGGGCAACCCAUUGGUAUUCGAAGCCCCCUACUCUCCUAUGGGUACUCCAGAGAUGGCGACGCCGCAUGAAAACGGACAAACUUGGGGACCGCCGGCCCCUGUUUUGACUCGCACUGGACCUCCUACCUUGAGCCGGAACCUCUCGACUGGGCCCGUCCCCGAGAACCAGAAUGGUCUUUUCGUGCCCGAGGCGGAGUACAUGGAUCUCGAGCGCACCAGUGUUACUCCCUUCCAGGCUGUUCAAUAUGCGGAGAUCUCCAGACAUCUGAACUCGGAAGUACCGCAGGGCCUGCCGACGCCUGAAUUGGAGAAGUUUGUCGACAGCAUGCCGGCCAAGGACGUGCUGCCGCCGCUCCCGACUGAGGACAGGACUAACCCCUUCGGCGAUGACGAUGAUGAUGAGGGCCAGGUCCUCGAGGUUACGCCGACCAUGCCGGCCGGUGACGAUCUGUCGUUCCCUUCGCCGCCCCCCUCAGCCCACACUGCCGCGAGUCGCUACCGAGUUGAGUCGAUGCCGCCGACGCUGCCUGACAUUGUGGUGGAAUCGCGUGUGUCUGUCAACUCGGAGUAUUUCGAUCAGGCCAAGACAUUGGGUGACGCGUCGGGUCAGACGCUGUUCGUGGCGAAUGCCACGGACAGUCCCGUUGGCAAUCGGUUCCCUGUUUCGCCUAGCCCGCUGGCUAGCAGCUUCACGAUGUCGACGCCGCCGGCGACCGAAAGCACGUUCGCGGCGCCUGCCGUGCCCGCUCCAGUGGCGACCCCCCGGGCCGACAGCAAAAACCGCCGCUCGAUCUAUACUGUAUAUGACCCGGAGGAUGCCUACGGCGGCUUUUGAGCUCUGAAGCGUCUUCUGAACUGAUGUUCCUAUCCGACAUAUACGGCUUUUUUCACGUCACACGCCUGUGCUAGGCAAGGCAUUUCUGGCUGGUUCCGCACAUAUUCGAGAGGCGUGUUGUGGACGGUGCGUGCUGGCCGCCAACUUGCGUAUGAGUUCUGCGUACGGAUGUCCAUAAUGCGUUGAUACCCAGUUAAUUACAGUUGUUCUGAAUGCCAAGAUUCCCAUCAUCCAUUCAACAUCUCCAUCGGACUUGCAUGCGCUCUGUCUUUGUGACACCGUCAUGCUUGCAGAUGCUGAUGACUGAGUCUGAGCGGCUAUUCUACUCCGUACCUGAGGCCUCGUUCAAUCAACGAGGUGAUUCAGUGGCCGUAGUGUCAUAAAUCAGGCAUGAUUCUCUGAACACAGAGAGUAUAUAUCUGCCACCGCUCAAAUCGGCGGCGGCCACCGUGCUACCGUCCUCACUUGCCCACCCCCUCCCUCCAUGUACGCUGUGCCUCUCCCUAAAGGCACGCAGGCCCCUGCGCGCGCGAUAUCGCAGCGCAAGCUGUUCUCCGCAUGUCUGCUCCUCCUCCUGGGAUGCUCGAUCGGGUACGGCGUGGCCAGCUACAGCGGAUCGGACGACGAGCACCCAGUCCCACAGGAGUGCAUCGCCCACUUCGAUUUACCCAGGCCCGUCUUCGAACUCGAGGCGAAGCCGGAACCCCCGGUGACAGUCACCGUCGAGGUGCCCGGUCCUCCUGCUGCUCCGUCCCCGAUGCGGUCCGCGUCCCCGCAGCUGGCGCAAGUGCCCCUGGUCCCGCUCAACGGUGCCCCGACGAGGGCGUUUAGAGGUCUAUCUGGCGUUGAUCGAGGCUUGAUGAUGAGACUGAUCUGUUCUUGCGCAGAUAAUCUGAAAGCGGACGAGCGAUACGUCACCAGUUGGCCGGGCUCUGGCUUCACGAACGACGUGAUACUAUAUAUGAAUCUGGUGUACAUGGCCAUGAUCACGGAACGAAUCCCCGUGAUUCCCUUCUUCACGCCAACCCACGUCGGAGGGAAUGCGCCGACCAUCGCCUUCGGCGAGGUGUUUGAUGUCCCCAGACUUCAGAAUGCUACUGGCAAGCAGAUACUCGAGUGGCACCAAGUUAAAGAUCCCGCCAGUGAUGUUGUCGAUACAAUGGGAUGCUGGAGUGUUUGGAUGGGGGUAUCCAGCGCGCACAAAUCAGAGCGUUUCAACAGCGCAACCACGCGUCUCAACUUGGAUGUCUCGUACACCCCCGCCCCGAGCUGGAUCCAGAUGCUCCCCGACGUUCCGGAGGAUUUCUUCGCGUCGUUCUGGUCGCUGGCGACACUUGCAUAUCCCACCCAGCGGAAUCUCAAUCUCCGGACGCCCACGGUGUCGAAGCUGACCGGCAUUUCGCUGCCUCCGGACGAGCAGAUGCUCUGCUACGAUUAUUUGUACUAUCUGGGCGCCUAUACUGUGCACGAAUGGACCACAGACUACAGCCCGGCGUGGAGAUUUGUCGGGCAACAUAUGCACUGGAACCCAGAACUCGCCAAAAUUGCCGAGAAAUACACCCGGGAGACGCUCACUCUCGCAGCACAAGAGCCCACGCCUCCGUUCAUCGUCGUACACGUCCGGCACGGAGAUUUCGCAGGCUGGUGCAAAGACGUGCCCGUGAGAGACUGCUUCGCCCCGCUGUCAGCGUACGAACGGCGCGUCGAGGAAGUCCAGAAAGAGCUGUGGGACACGCAGAAGAUCGUCGCGGACCGGGUGAUCGUCACCAGCGACGAGCAGAACGCGACCUGGUGGGACGAAGUGUCGGACCUGGGCUGGUACCGCCCGGACCAUUCCAGGACCGCCGAGCUGCACGGUGCUUGGUAUCCCAUCCUCAUCGACGCGGUGAUCCAGUCCUCCGCGGCAGGGUUCGUCGGGACUGAGUAUUCCACGGUUUCCAUCACCUCCGCCAAGCGGGUCGAGGCUUGGAAUCAUGGUGUGACUCGUGCCGUGCGUUGGGGUCGACCAGGUGCGGAUGACCAUUGAGAGCCUCGAUAGUAGGCAUCGUUACCCAGGAUUGUAAAGUAGAAAGCGAGAGUGGACUCUGGAAGCGUGAUCUUACCAUGUAUCAUCCAUAUAUCUAUAACUAGGAUUAAUUACUUAUCGUAAGUACUUUGCAAAGGCAUGGCCGGACAUUCGGCCGAAGCCAGCUCAGAUCGGCCGUCCACCGCCUUCUUGCUUGUUCGUGAACUCCGACGAUGGCAAGCAUACACCUCAGAAUCGCGACGUUUCUCAUGCUUUGUGCCCUGUUUUCCGUUAUGAGCUUUCGUAAAAUGCCUCGCUCAGACGGACAGCGCCAUUCCCAAGCACGUAGCUUGGAUCCGGGCCCCCGCUCGCCACUCUUAUUCGACAGGCCUCAACAGCCGAUGCGCCUGCUCGAUGGGGUUCCCCCUCGCAGGAUAGUGGUCACCGGUGGGGCCGGAACUAUCGGAACGCAUCUCGUCCAACGCCUCCUCCUGUCCCAGUUUGCGGUCACCGUAAUCGACCUGUUACCCAACCCUGUUACGUCCCCGGCUCCAUCGCUGAUCAGGUGGAUCCAGAGCGACGUGCGGAACGCGUCGGCAGUCUCGCUCGCGCUGACACCGGAUGUUGUCGGCAUCGUCCACCUCGCUGCUGUUUCGCGCGUGCUGCGUUGUGGCGAGCAGGCCGAGGAGUGUAUGGAAUUGAGUAUACGGGGUGUGCAGGCCCUUUUGGAUGUGAUCGACCGCAAACCUGCUGGUUUCCAGCCGUGGAUUGUCCUCGCGUCUUCGCGCGAAGUGUAUGGGCGGAACGAGUCUCAUCGGGCGGAGGACAAGCCCUCCACGGCAUAUGGCUUAUCACACCUUGCAGCAGAGCAUAUGGUUCAUCAAAAGAUUGAUGGGAUGGCCCGCGCCGGUAAACGGCGCAUACAUGCGAUCAGUCUCCGUCUCGCAACUGUCUACGGAAGCUUGUACGAUCACCACGACCGCCUGGUCCUGUCCUUCAUCAAACGUUCUCUGGCUCAUCAGCCGCUUCAAGUCUACGGCGCUCAGCAACAGAUUGACCUCGUACAUAUCGAAGACUGCACUGACGCGUUUGUUCUGGCGGCAAGUCAUCUAGACAAGACGGUGUCAAGAAAACGCUUCUGGGGCAACCCCCUGUUGUUCAGUGUCGCUGAUGUGUCUGGUGCACGGGUCACUCUGCAAGAACUCGUCGACAAGAUCGCCCUGGUCACGCAAUCUAAAUCAGCUGUGCAGACUCUGCCCCGCGACGCUCGGUACCCCGCGCUGUAUCUCGACUCCCCUGUGCCAGGCUUAGCUGACUACCGGCCUCGAGUGGCGCUUGACACCGGUAUCUUGCGUUUUGUUCGGCAGCAAUUGGAAGAGACGCAGAAGUAUCUGACGCAGAAAGCCCGAGCCGGCUGCGACCUGAUAUCUCACCCCUACAUCGCAGUGAACGAGGACUUGCACAAACUGGAUGGCUGCACUGCGAAUCUGCUGGUCAACGUCAAGACGGAGGUAUGGGCGCUGGCGUUCGACUACAAUCCGCGCCAUGCCGAGGACCCGGACAACAUGGGACCUGGGACGGUUGAUGACUAUGGGCUCGUCUGGGUCCUUUCGGAGAACAUCAUUCCUGAUCCGGUCAAGCUGUCUGUGCAGAUCAGGAAGAACCGCGUGUUUCUCAAGGUUGCUGCAGUGCGUACCUAUGCUCGACACUUUCUGGGUCUCUAUUCGAGUUCUCUACCUGAAUUCGCGAGUGGGUUUGUGUUCGACCAUGUUCAUCCCCGGGACGACGGCAGUGACAAGGCGGUCGUCGAGUGGGAGUUGAUCUUCCAUCCCAUCGACGGGUCUUUCAAACUCGUGCUCCCAGACUCUGGAUUUCAAGUUUUGCCUCCGCCGAAUUUCACUGGCUGGUUCUCAUGGAUCUCGGAUGACAUUGACACGUAUCCUUUUCGACUGAGCCCGAUUUGUUGUCCAGCACCGCCACCAUGGCCCUUCUACUAUCAAGACCCCAUUCAAUACAGCAUCCACCUCGAACGGUAUUCGAAAGAACGAUCUUUCAACCAAACCAUCCCUCAAACUCUCUGCGAACGGGCCAAAGCGGCACUCGACCAGACGCAUGUGACAAUGCGACACAUCGACGCACUGAAUGGCACUAUCCCGAACAAGCCACGUCGGAUGGGUCGUCCAUCGGAGUGGGCGCACAAGUCACUGGUCGCCUGCUCGAACGAUUGCGCCCAUCCUACAGUCUGCGUGUACACGGGCAACUGCUCGUGUGUUCAGGCGAUGCACUGCGCGCUCCAAGACCGGUUCUCUGCUGCCCCUACUGUGAGCCACUCUCUCUUGGACCUGGUGGAUAAAACGUCGUGGCAAGAUGUUCUCCGGCCCGAAGCGGCGCGAUACCUGGAGUCGAAUGGGUCAUCCUGGCCCGCGGUGCAUAUCGCGGCCGUGGACAGAGUGAGUGAAUCACUGCGGGGCCCGCAUCUCGAGUCUGUCGCGCGUCUCCUGGAGCGGGACUGUUUCUCGGCAGACGCAUCGAUAGAGUUGGCGCUGAGGGUCAAUAAUGUCGCGAGGGUGGAGGAUGCGGAGGUGAUAUUCCAGCCGUACUAUCAUGCUCGGAUGUGGACCGAUGAAGGCGCGGUGGAAACGCUGAUGGAGCAGCUGGAUGCUAAUUACCCGAAUCGUCUUCAGCAGCAGCAGCAAGUCGUGCUGCCGUCGACGUACGACUGGGGUCUGUGCCUGUUUUUCACAUGGACCAUCUGGGAAGUGCGACAGAAGUAUUCGGUCCCCGACGUGCUCAAGGACGUGGUCGCUUGGAGUGUCAUGGGGGAUCUCAACAGCCCCUGCUAUCGUCCCCAUCAGGAUAUCAUCAUCCCGCCCCGCAGUUGCCGAACAAGACAGCUUCGACCGGCGUUCUCGAACCCGGCCUUCAUCCGACCCGCGACGCACCGUACCUUGCUGUCCUUCUUCCACGGCACCAUCUGGGGUUCUGGUGGCACUCUGCGCCGCAAGCUGACCUGCCAGCGCCCGCUCCCCGGUGACGGAAUGACAGCCUUUGAGCGCAGUCGGGCGGAGAUGGGCUUGAGCUUGCCAUUGCCGACCAUGAAGUGGGAGAAGCCGAGAGGUCACCGCGAGUACAUGUCGAUCCUGAACAACACGAUAUUCUGUGCUGUCCCGGCUGGUGUGGCUGGCUGGGCGCCCCGGAUCGAGGAUGCGAUCUACGCAGGCUGCAUUCCUGUCAUAUUCGAUGACGACACGCAUCUGCCGUUCUGGGAGCUGCUGGACUGGUCGAUGUUCAGCGUGAGAGUCUAUACUGAGCAGGUGCAGGAGCUGGAGAGUAUCCUGAUGGGCUAUUCCAUGCAGCAGAUUCUGCGGAUGCAAGCCAAUCUGAUCCACGUACGGGACAUCCUGACUUACCCGCUGGACCAACGACACGCGGAUAUGGUCACUGCACGCAGCCCGCUGUCGUUCGCUCUCCAUCA